UUACACUCUUCUGGUGUCAAGCCAGUGGUGCUGUCAGUCUUACCCGAUUACUGUGAGGAGUUUGUCCCCAAGACUGUUAAGUUGGACUUGCCGAAACCAAUGUCUUCCCUCUUCAUGGAGACACAUGUGUCUAAGUCAUUGGAUGAACUUAUAGCGGAAGCAAGUACAAUUAUGACCAACAUGAAAAUUGAUGAUUCUCAGAUCAGUGCCAUAGAACAGAUGACUAGAGAACAGUCAACCACAAAAUCCUGGUUUCUGUAUCGGGCCGGCCGUAUUACAGCUAGUAACUUUAAAGCUGCAUCUCGGACAAAGAUAGAAAAUCCCUCCAACUCACUGAUUCAGAGGAUAUGCUACCCUGAUGCAUUCAAAUUCACAACAGAGGCUACAAGGUAUGGAUGCAGUCAUGAAUGGAAAGUGAGGAAAGACUAUGAAAUGAUCACCGAGACAAAACAUAGACAAAUGAAAGUGACAGAGUGUGGAUUCUUCAUCUAUAAGGAGUUUCCUUACAUAGGUGCCUCACCUGAUGGCUUAGUGACGUGUGACUGCUGCGGAGAAGGACUCCUGGAGAUAAAAUGUUCUUUCUGCCACAAUGAUUCAACAAUCGAAUGUGCUGUGCAAGAUAACAAUUUCUGCAUAGAGUCUGUUGAUGGGCAUUUCAGAUUGAAAGCAGACCACACAUACAUGUACCAGAUCCAGUGUCAGCUGGCUGUGACUGGCCGCAGUUACUGUGACCUGUGUUUGUGGACAGGUAAAGAAAUGUUUAUCCAGCGCAUAACCCUGGACACAAAGUUCUCUGCCGAAGCAUUGGAGAAGGUUGCCACUUUCUACAAAAUGUGCAUACUACCUGAACUUCUUAGCAAGUACUUCUCCAAUAAAAAUACAUUGUGUUUGCCAGUUGAAAAUGUAGAGAACAAGAUAUGUUACUGCCAAAAAAGUGACACCAAGAAGACAAUAAUUGAUUGCAGCAGUGAUGAUUGUAAGAUUAAGGCUUACCACAAGGAAUGCUGCGGUCUUAAAAAUAUGCCUAAAAAGGGCUGUCAUGUGUGGUUUCACCUGCUCAAAUAUCGCCAUGAGCACUGCCAGACAGGGAAGUCCAGUGAAGUUGGUCACCUUCGCAGAAUUUUCGUCAGUAAAGCCAGACUCAUCAAAGCUACUUUCACUCAGCUUUCUUUUCAGUUCAAGAUUUUCAGUCCUCAACCUCCGGCAUUCCUCCUCAAGUGA